UGAAGUUGUGCGUCUCUGUUUCAAGAAGCCCUUCCCCUUAUGCGGAGCACGAGUUCUCCCGAUGUCUGACGAAGGCGAGGGGCUCCGUGUCUCCUCUUCCUCCACCUUCCCGCCCUCCGCUCCCGCUCCUGCGGGUCAGACUCGUCUCCGUAAGCCGCAGAGACCCCUAAGGCGACGGGCAUCUGUGCCACUUCCACGCACCGAUACGCGUUCCAGAGAAGCGUUUUCCCGCGAUCCGCUGGACUUGAUCGGGCGCUCGCCGGCGCGUCUCGGGCGAUGCUGCGCUGCGUCUCCAGUGCGCGACGGUCUCCAGAACCGCGGACAGCGGCGGACCUCGCCACACAGACCCGAUCAUGAGACGCAUAGCCCGGAGGGGUUGAUCGAGACCCCGCACAGCUGCGCUUCACCGGACACGUCGGAGGUCAUGCAUCGCAGGCACACCACCCUGCGAGAGAAGGGCCGUCGGCAAGCCAUCCGAGGCCCCGCCUACAUGUUCAACGAACGUGGUACCAGCCUCACGGCGGAGGAGGAACGUUUCCUCGAUGCAGCGGAGUACGGCAAUAUUCCUGUCGUCCGUAAGAUGCUGGACGAAUCCAAAACGCUUAAUUGCAACUGCGUGGACUACAUGGGGCAAAAUGCACUGCAGUUAGCAGUCAGCAAUGAGCACCUGGAGGUCACAGAGCUUUUACUGAAGAAAGACGGGAUGGCGCGCAUUGGCGACGCACUUCUUUUGGCAAUUAGCAAAGGUUACGUGCGAAUUGUGGAGGCCAUUUUGGCUCAUCCGGCAUUUGCAGGAGGUUUAAGGCUGACUUUGAGCCCGCUGGAGCAGGAACUGAGGGAUGACGACUUCUACGCCUAUGACGAGGAUGGAACACGUUUUUCGCAUGACGUGACGCCGGUGAUUCUGGCCGCGCACUGUCAGGAGUACGAGAUCGUACACAUCCUGCUGAUAAAGGGCGCCAGGAUCGAGCGGCCGCAUGACUACUUCUGCAAGUGCUGUGAGUGCACAGAGAAACAGAAACGUGACUCGUUCAGUCACUCUAGAUCACGCAUGAACGCGUACAAAGGGCUCGCUAGUGCCGCCUACCUGUCGCUGUCCAGUGAAGAUCCCGUACUGACGGCACUAGAGCUCAGCAAUGAGCUUGAACGACUCGCCAACAUAGAGACGGAGUUUAAGAAUGACUACAGGAAGUUGUCUAUGCAGUGUAAGGACUUUGUGGUAGGUGUUCUGGAUCUCUGUCGCGACACAGAGGAAGUAGAGGCCAUUCUGAACGGUGAUGUGGACCAGAACCCGCCCACAGAACACCAGAGACCCUGUCUGAGCCGCAUCAAACUCGCCAUCAAAUAUGAAGUUAAAAAGUUUGUGGCUCAUCCGAACUGCCAGCAGCAGCUUCUGACGAUCUGGUAUGAGAACCUGUCAGGUUUGCGGCAGCAGUCCAUCGGGGUGAAGUGUUUGACGGUUCUAGGCGUCACUGUCGGAUUACCUUUCCUCGCCAUCGCCUACUGGAUCAUGCCCUGCAGCAAGUUGGGUCAGAUAUUACGGAGUCCCUUUAUGAAGUUUGUCGCUCAUGCCGUGUCGUUCACCAUCUUUCUGGGCCUGCUGGUUCUGAACGCGUCGGACCGAUUCGAGGGUGUGAAGAAUCUCCCCAAUGAGACGAUAACAGACCAUCCACGGCAGGUGUUCCGCGUCAAGACCACGCAGUUCUCCUGGACCGAGCUGCUCAUCAUGAAAUGGGUUCUGGGCAUGAUCUGGUCGGAGUGUAAGGAGAUCUGGACUGACGGGCCGCGUGAGUACGUGAUGCACCUGUGGAACGUUCUGGAUUUUGGGAUGCUGUCGAUCUUCGUGGCAUCCUUCACCGCUCGUUUCAUGGCGUUCCUCAAAGCGUCUAAAGCUCAGCUCUACGUCGACCUGCAUGUCUCCAACCGUGACAUCAGCAACGCAUCACUUCCUGCUGACAUUGCCUACUUCACAUAUGCGAGGAACAGGUGGAGGCCGUCGGAUCCUCAGCUGAUCUCGGAGGGUCUGUACUCCAUCGCUGUGGUCCUGAGCUUCUCUCGCAUCGCCUACAUCCUGCCGGCCAAUGAGAGCUUUGGCCCGCUGCAGAUCUCUCUUGGACGAACGGUGAAGGACAUCUUCAAGUUCAUGGUCAUCUUCAUCAUGGUUUUCGUGGCCUUUAUGAUCGGCAUGUUCAACCUGUACUCAUAUUACCUGGGGGCCAAAUAUAACCCCGCCUUCACCACGGUUGAGGAGAGCUUUAAGACUCUGUUCUGGUCUAUAUUCGGUCUGUCGGAGGUGAUUUCUGUGGUUCUGAAGUAUGAUCACAAGUUCAUCGAGAACAUCGGUUACGUUUUAUACGGGGUUUAUAACGUCACCAUGGUGGUAGUUCUACUCAAUAUGCUGAUUGCAAUGAUCAACAACUCCUACCAGGAAAUUGAGGAAGACUCCGAUGUGGAGUGGAAGUUUGCUCGUGCUAAACUCUGGUUGUCAUAUUUCGAUGAGGGAAGGACACUGCCUGCCCCGUUUAACCUGGUGCCCACUCCAAAAUCCUUCUACUACCUGAUCAUCCGGGUCAAGUCCUGCCUUAUACGACUGUGUAAGGGCAGAGGUCAUCGGCAUGAAGGCGAGUUGGAGAUGGGAAUGCUCAAUUCACGGCCGAAGACUGAUCAUCACCGAGCAAAUCUCAGGAGCCGAGAGGAGAACACCAUCAAGAAACCCAUCAAAAACCCCACUAGAUAUCAGAAGAUAAUGAAGCGCUUGAUUAAGCGCUAUGUUUUGAAGGCUCAGGUUGACCGAGAGAACGAUGAAGUCAAUGAAGGUGAACUGAAGGAAAUAAAACAGGACAUCUCCAGUCUGCGCUACGAACUUCUGGAAGAGAAAUCUCAGGCCACUGGAGAACUGGCUGACCUCAUUCAACAACUCAGUGACAAGUUCGGCAGGAACGCCAAGAAACAACCUUGAGACAGACAGAAAGAUGCAGAGAGAGGAGAGAUAGUUUAGGAGCAGUAUCUGGAGACUUAAAAAUUACUGAAUUUCAUUCAUUAGAUACAAAAUGCAUACAAAAGAUGUACAUGUACACUUAAGACAAACAGCUGACAGAACGGUGUGUGGUUUGAGAUGAUAAAACAGUAGAUCUAGUGUUAAAAAUGAAGACAGAAAAUAUGGUUUUUGUUUGUGGUUAGUGGAUGAUGGUGCUAGUUAAUGAGAUUAUCUAAGUCACAAUUAAUUUAUUGUAUUAUUCCAUAAUGGAAACAAGCUUAGUUUAUAUCUCACAAUUCCGAUUUUUCUUUUCAGAAUUGUGACGUAACAUCUCAAGCUUAUAUCUUGCAAUACUUUAAAACUUGUUUUUUCCUUAGAACUGUGAGAAAACAUCAUAAUUAUGAGAUAAAAAGUUAGAGUUACCUUUUUUAUUUAUAUACUUAAUGUUAUUCUCUCUAGCUUCCAUAGAACUGACUUCAUACAUCCACUAAACAUCAACAAAACACCAGCUGAGAAUAAAGCAAAUUAAUUAUUGAAAAGAAAACAGCCUAUAUGUACUGAUCCAGACACACAUGAUCUAAUGAAUCACAUUCAGACAUUUGUAAUGAUUGUUAAUAUAGGGUGUAAAAAAAAAAAAAAAAGGAGUAGUGUUGUUUUCUGAUAAUAAAACGGCUUUAGUUCCCCAGACUGAUUCGAUUACAUCAUCAGUCCAGUCAAAAUGAUUUUUUUAUCUCAGAGCUGUUUGGUUUGAUUCAACUCUUUUCUGGAGGAAAUGAGUGAAUGGGACUGUGAUCCAUGAAUGAUGAACUGAUGUGAAUUCACUCAGAUACUGAACAUUUUUCAGGAGACAGAGUGAGAGAUGAGAAAAACUGAAAGGAGAGACGAACGGAGACUAAACGAGGGUAAAAGGCUCACAGCAGGUAUGCAGUGCACUCUGGGACAUCGCCUCCCUUAAGAGUCAUUUCCUGUACUGAGAUCAUAUCUCACAGGAGAGAAACAUACAGAGAAAAGGAGAAGGAUAGAUAAAAACACUUUGAUGCUAAAAGUUAUGGAAUAACUUAAUAUAUGAAUGGUUUAAACAUUUGAACAUGAGUCAGAUGCGCAGUAACAGUGAGAAGGUGCAUAAAGUUUUUCUCUUCUUCACUCCGAACAGGCUGUCUAAUUAACACAAGAACACAAAGACACACACACACACAUUUCCCAAACAUCAAAAGAGAGAAAGAGAGAUAAAGUAUAUAUCGUUUUUGUUUGUUUGUUUUUGCACCAAAUAAUGAGCUUAUUUUUAAAAACUGUGUCGCAUUAUUUUCAAGGAAUUUUAAGCAUAUUACCAUUUAAAUUCUCAUUACUUUAAUGCACCUGGAACAUUUUAAUAUAUCUUGUUUUGGAUUAUUUUAGUGUUUUAAUUUAAUAUAGUUUACAUUUUAAUAUGCAAAAUAGGAUUUAAUGUAUUUCCUUUUGUUUUUGGUUUAUGGUAUCUGGACAUUUUGAGUUAAAGCUUUUUUAAUCUUAAUAUAUUUAAUUUAAUAUGUUUUAGAUUUUAAUGCACAUUUUUUUUUUUAAAUGUUAAUGGCAAAUACAUGGUAAAAACCCAGACAUGUUAUUUUCAGGUUUUGUGACACACACACACAUGCACACACACUCACACACACACUCACACGUUGCAGUAUCUGUGGUCUUUUAUUGAAGACUUUGCCUGUAUAAAUCACUUGCUCAAACAGACUAAAAUCUUUUUUUUCAUAGAAACUGAAUGUGAGAGGCAAGAGAGUGAUAACAUGACAUGUACACUUUUAAUAGUUUUACAGUAAGAUUUUAGAUCUGAAUGUAUUUUUGUUUCAGUAAUGGUAAAUUAAUUCAAUACUCCAAUAUUUAGGAUGUGUAUUUUUCACUUGUAUAAGGAGAAACACA